CAUUUGCUGUAUGUGACUAAGUCUCUUAAACAGUUUAGCAAACGAUCGAGUUGGGAACGCUACGAUUCGGGAAACAAAUCAUAUUAUUUCCAUUUAGAACAAGAUGAAUCUCUCCACGAUUGUCGUGUUCGCUUGCGUUGUCAACUGCAUAUUAGGUUAUGACUAUGAACAAGGUGGAGACGAUUGGCCAGAACAAUAUGAGUUGUGCGGCAAAGAUAAGCAAACACCAGUGAACAUAAAAGGCGCAAAAUGUGAUGUGGCUCUCGCUAAUUCAAUCACUUUUAAUAAUUAUAAGAACAAAGGUGAAGAGAAGUUCAAAGUCUUGAAUACUGGCGGUACUAUGAAGCUGACAACGGCUUCUACUGAUGCGAGUAUUAUACUGGAUGGAAAAGGAACUUUCAAACUACAGCAAGUACACUUUCAUUGGGGUAAGAAUGAUUCUGAAGGAUCCGAACAUCUAUUGAAUGACAAAGCAUUCCCGGCAGAGCUUCAUUACGUUCACUAUAAUACCAUGUAUGGUUCACUUGGUAAUGCAUACUUCAGAGAAAAUGGUCUGGCUGUACUUGGAGUUUUCAUGGAGGUUGGCCCUGAGCCCCAUCCAACAUUUGAGAAAUUUUUAAAUUUGUCAAAGUACGACGUGAAAAGUAAAGGUAACUACACAAAAGUGGAAGCGUUUCACAUGGCUGACAUGCUACCCGAAAACAUCGGCAUGUUCUAUCGAUAUCAGGGAUCAUUGACCACUCCUUCCUGUGAUGAAACGGUCACGUGGACUGUUUUUGACGACACCAUAAAAUUGUCGAAGGAACAAUUUCAAGAGUUCCGUAUGAUGCAAGACGCCAACGGCAACAAUAUCAUCCGCAACUUUCGUAGCAUUCAGCCCAUCAACGGUCGACCGAUCACUUACUGGAACAGUAAAUGUAAGGUUGAAUGUGUAAAAUGUGAAAAAUGUGAAGAUAGUGGAAAGCGUGGUGGAAAUAAUGGAUCAACUUCAACAACUGUUUCCUUCAUGUUUUUGGCCGUGUGCGUUAUUUUUCACAUGUUUAUAUGAGUUAAGUGAAACCGACUGAAGUCUUUGACACGUUCAUCAAAAACGAUGUGUGUUUGUGUGUGAAAGUGCCACGAGAGACGUUAACAGUGCUCUGUAGGGUAUGCUUAAUCGAUUAUUUAUUAUGUAAAACAG